AUGAAGAAGUCAGUCCGGCCUGUGGGGAGUAAGGUGACUGCUGAUCGAGGGAAGGCCGAGUCCGCAUCCACCACUGGAACUGGAAAGCCUGCAGCCAAAACCAACAGUGCCGCACCGCUGCCGAAGGUGAAGAGCAGUGAUGAUCUUUUAGCAGCAAUGGCUGGCGGGAAUCCUGUUUCAAGUAAUGCUGUCAGCAAAACUAAGAGAACCGCCUCAAUCGGUACAACUGCAAACACAGGCGACAAGCAAAAAGCAGCAGCAGGGUCUUCAACCAAGCGUAUGACAUCAUCAACAACAAAAGAGCCAAAUUCUUCACGGGACCGUCUUCGGACAUCCAGGACGUCAGCUAAUAGGAAGCAGCUUGUCUCAGGGAUAGCAGCAGGUGAUGCGGUCUCAAAACGCUCUCGUGGCCAGAUCUCAACCGAGUCUGAGAGCCGUAUGAGCAAGUCCAAAUCAGAUGGCCAGAUCAGCGAUAAGGUGGCAUUGGAGACAAAAGUCAAUGACCUUCUAGGUCUUGCCAAGAGCAAAGAUGUAGAGAUUUUACAUCUUCGCAGUGAACUGAGAGACAUGAGGGUCCAGCUUGGCAUGGAAGGAAAGGACUCGCAGCCGCGGGAAGAGACAGAGGAUGGUGAAAAGCUGCACGUCCCAGCUAUCACAGCAGCUGAUGUAGAGUCGACUUUGCUUUUGUUACAAGAGCAGAACCAAGCAAUCAGAGAGGAGCUUAACCUGCUCAAGAGUGAGAAUCGAAUGCUCAAAGACCGUCUCAAUGCGUUGGGGUUCUCCCUGGAGCAGAGGCUAGAUGGCUCUGACAAGCUGUUCACUUACACGUCCCUAAGCCCGGACUUGGCAGCAGGUAGUGGACACAGUGAGGGUGGAGCAACCCUGACGUCCUCAGUGGAGGGAUCAGCCCCUGGUUCAUUAGAAGAUCUACUCACGGCUCACCAGCAUGGUGGCUCUGUGGACAAUCUGGACAGUGAAUCUAGCGAAGUAUAUCAGGCUGUCACCUCCAGCGAUGAUGCUUUGGACGCCCCUUCUGGAGCCUCCUCAUCAUCUGAAUGCGAGUCUGCCCCCAGCAGAGAGCGUUCCCGUAGGGGUAGCAGUGGUAAUGCCAGCGAAGUAUCAGUCGCCUGUCUUACUGAGCGUAUCCAUCAGAUGGAAGAGAACCAGCAUAGCACCUCUGAAGAACUGCAGGCCACAUUGCAGGAGCUGGCCGAUCUGCAGCAAAUCACCCAAGAGUUGAACGGGGAGAACGAGCGACUCGGCGAGGAGAAGGUCAUCCUCAUGGACUCGUUGUGCCAACAGAGCGACAAACUGGAGCUCUACGGACGACAGAUAGAGUAUCUUCGCUCCACGCUGGAUGAGCAUCACAUUUCGUACGUCCUAGAGGAGGACAUCAAAAGCGGCCGCUACAUGGAGCUAGAACAGCGCUAUGCAGACUUGGCGGAUAACGCCCGCUUCGAGAGAGAGCAACUUCUGGGUGUGCAGCAGCACUUGUCCAAUACUUUGAAGAUGGCUGAGCAGGACAACGCUGAAGCUCAAGACAUGAUCGGAGCAUUGAAAGAGAGGAACCACCAAAUGGAGCGCGUCAUGGACUCUGAGAGACAAGACCGGGUAGCCAUGGCUGCUACGCUUGAUGAAUAUAAAGCGGCAGUGAGCAGUGACCAGGUGGAGCUGAGUCGCUGCCGAGCCCAAUUGGACCAAGAGAGGCAGAGGGUUGCUGAGCUCCUCUCUCUUCACACAGCUGGGGACAAAAAUGACAUCUGCCAGCUUUUGGAAGGUGCCCGACUAGGAAAGGAAGAGGCUGAGGCCAAGGCUGCAAAAUCGCAGGAUGAACUGGAACAAGCUCAAAAUGACCUUGCCUUGCUACAGGACACUCUCAGUAAGCUUGACAGCGAAUACAGAGACUUCCAGCAGCAGGUGCAGCAACAAAUGACAGAGCAAGCGCACGUGCUCGAGAAGCAGCGUGUGGAGCUGCAAGAGAAAGAGACCGAGAUCGUUGACAUGAAAGAAACCAUCUUUGAGCUGGAAGACGAAGUAGAGCAGCACCGCGCUCUAAAGCUGCAUGACAACCUCAUCAUCACCGACCUUGAGAACUCUGUAAAAAAGCACCAAGAUCAGAAACAUGACAUGGAACGAGAGAUAAAGAUCCUUCAUCGCAGGCUCAGGGAGGAGUCGAUGGAGUGGCGUCAGUUCCAAGCAGACCUGCAAACAGCGGUCGUCAUUGCUAACGAUAUCAAGUCGGAAGCGCAAGAAGAGAUCGGAGACCUGCGGCGCCGUCUGCAGGAGGCGUUGGAGAAGAAUGACAAGCUGAGCAAAGAACUAGAUGAAGUCAAAAGCCGCAAGCAAGAAGAGGAGAGAGGCCGAGUGUAUAACUAUAUGAAUGCAGUGGAAAGGGACUUGGCUGCUCUCAGGCAGGGGAUGGGGCUCAGUCGUCGAUCUUCCACCUCUUCGGAGCCUUCGCCAACUGUCAAAACACUCAUCAAGAGCUUUGACAGUGCCUCGCAGGCACCAGCGCCUAGCAGUACUGCCACUGUGACUCCAACAGCACCAGCCACGCCACUACCACGCACCCCUCUCAGUCCCAGUCCAAUGAAGACGCCACCAGCUGCUGCUGUAUCGCCAAUCCAGAGACACUCUGUAUCAACAUCCCUAUCAGCUGCCAAGCCGCUCUCAGCCCUCACUGACAAGAGGACCAGCUAUUCAGACAUCUCCAUGUCAUCUGAGCACCUUCUCCGAGGAGCCUCAACCAGUCGACCCCCUUCUGUCCUCCAGAGGGUCCCCAACAUGGAUUCCACUAAGUCAAUUUCAGUUUCCCGCCGAAGUAGUGAAGAGAUAAAAAGAGACAUUGCAGCCCAAGAUGGAGCCUCUUCAUCCUCACUAAUGGCCAUGAGUGCCACUUCCUCUCCGCUCUCACUGUCCUCCUCCUCUCCCACGGCCUCCGUCACACCCACGGCUCGUAGCCGUCUAAGAGAGGAACGUAAGGACCCUCUAUCUGCACUGGCUCGAGAGUAUGGAGGAUCCAAGAGAAAUGCUCUUCUGAAGUGGUGCCAGAAGAAAACCGAGGGUUAUCAAAACAUUGACAUCACCAAUUUCAGCAGUAGUUGGAAUGACGGUCUGGCAUUCUGCGCUGUGCUCCACACCUACUUGCCGGCACACAUCCCUUAUCAAGAGCUGAGCAGCCAAGACAAGAGGAGAAACUUCACUUUGGCGUUCCAGGCUGCAGAAAGUGUCGGGAUCAAAUGCACUUUAGACAUAAAUGAGAUGGUGCACACCGAACGGCCAGACUGGCAGAGCGUCAUGACUUACGUCACAGCGAUCUACAAAUACUUUGAGACCUGA